GGAGGAGCGGCUUCUGGAAGCAGUGACGUCAUGGGUGUUUAGCUAGCAUCGCUGGGAAAGAUGGCGGACAACAAGGAGCGACAAGGAGGUGACAUGGAAAUUGUUUCAACUUCACCAGGACCAGAAGAAGAGGCAGAAAAUACAGUGAACACUAAGACUGUUUCUUCCAGCAAUGGAGGGGAAAGCUCAAGCCGAAGUGCUGAGAAAAGAUCAGCAGAUACAACGUCUGAGGAAGACUACCAAGGUCCCACCAAGGUAUCCAAGAUUGGCUUCGCGAUAGGCGGUCAGACUGGGAAGAAACAACCCUCCAUAUCCAUCAAGCUUGGUGCCACUAAACCCAAGGAUAUCCCUCCUGCCGUUGCUCCAAAAAAGAGCUCCAUUGCAGCAGUAUUUAAUGAUUCGGAUGAUAGUGAGCCUGAGGAAAUGCCACCAGAGGCAAAGAUGCGGAUGAAGAAUAUUGGGAGAGAUACUCCGACAUCUGCAGGACCAAAUUCAUUCAACAAAGGCAAGCAUGGAUUUUCAGACAGCCAGAAACUGUGGGAGCGGAAUAUUAAAACUCAACUAGAACGUGUUCCAGAUGACUGAAAUAUUUAUUUAAAGAGCAUAUGGGAUGAUUUGACUUUUUUUGUUUGUUUUUUCUUUUCUAUGAAUGGAAUUCUUUGCAUUUGGAACAAAUUAUGGUGUAAUUUUUUUUGUUUGUUUUUUUAAGGAACUUCUAUGGCACAGAAAUAAAUUUGACACAAAAUCUUUUGUUUUCAGAUUUCAGGUCUUAUGCUGUUUUAUCUGUAGUUUCCAUUUAUGGUCAGUAGUAAUAAACACAGUUGUUUUGUC